CACCGACAAAGGCAUUGGAACCGUGGUCUACUCCCAGCUGUCACUCGGUGGAAUGUAAACUUUGAGCCCCCUCCCCGUCACGGAAACGAACGUCUCAGGUGUACGAGAAACGAUAACAAACAACAAACUUCGCGCAUAGAGCGUCUUAUCAGAUACCAAUCUCGAGUGGCACGGGAAGUUCCGGCUGUUUGUUUCCCUCGAAUGAUGGUGCUGCAGAACUGAUACAAGGCCACGGGCACGGAACGAGCGGGCUGGGGUGUGUGUGUGUGUGUGUGCAUCGCAAUUCGGAGUCGCCUGUAUCCCCGCGGGGGCGACACAAUGGCUCGCCAUCGUGCUGUGCUGACCGAUGCGACAUUUCACGCCGAGGUCAACGAGGUGGGCAACCAGCGACGGCACCAGCCAGCAGCCAGCAGCGUAGCAAUGAAAGUGGGCGGCGGUAGCAGCGAUAGUGGUGGAGGUGGUAGUAUUGUAAACAAAUCCCUUCCGGAAGAGGACAAGAUCGAGGUACUGCCGGACGAGACGGCGGAGGCGCGGCUGGGCCACGGCGACGGGCUGUACGCGCCCGCCGGAAAUCCGCUCGCCAGUGUGGAGGACCAGUUCCAAUCCGGUACGGUGGGCGGCGUGAACGUAAGCUUCUCGCAGAGCUUCCGGCGCUGGUCGAGCAACUUUGGGCGGAGUGUGAAGAACAACAAGCGCACCGUUUACAACAAAACCAUCCGGCUGAUGCCGUCGCGGUUGCAGAAAACGCUCUCGAUCGACGGCGACCUGAUCACGACCAGCGCGUCCGACGUGGACCACAUCACGAUGGAGCUCGGCCAGCGGGAGCAGCUGAUGGAGGACAACCCGGUCGCGGAGCAGCUGCGCAUCGAGACGAUCAAAUCGAUCGCGCACAAGAUCUCGACCAAGCGCCAGAUCCGGGAGCAGCUGGCCCGCACCGUCCACCGGCGGGCGACGCGCGCCAAAUCGAUCGGGCUGCUGCGCCGGUACCGGUACGGCGCGAAGCGGUACGUGGCGCGCGCCGCCCGGCUCGCCCAGUGCUUCGUCACCAACUUCGAGCCGUUCUACGGCAGCAUGAAGCAGAUCGAGGGACACUUCGGCAGCCGGAUCAGUGCGUACUUUAAGUUUCUGCGCCGGCUGCUGGUGCUCAACCUGGUGCUGGCGCUGUUCGUCGGCUCGUUCGUCAUCUUUCCGCAGCUGCUGGCGGGGCCGGAGGGGCCGGACGCCCGGCAAGCGUUUCAGCUGCGCGAUCUGCUGACCGGUGAGGGCUACCUGAGCGACUCGGUCAUGUACUACGGGUCGUACAGCAACCGCUCGUUCACGCUCGUGCCGGGCACGGCUGAGUACAGCCUGCCGCACGCCUACUUCCUCACCAUCACGAUCCUGCUGCUCGCCACGUUCGUGUUCGUGUCGGUCAGCAUGGGCCACGCGUACCGGAUCAGCUUCAUCGAGUCGAGCGCGACGGUGCAGAACAUACUGACGCACAAGAUCGUGUGCUCGUGGGACUACGGCAUCGCGAACGGGAAGGCGGCCCGGCUCAAGCACGCCACCAUCCUGUCCGAGCUGCGCGACUAUCUGGCGCAGCGCAACCGCACGCCGGCCCCGGUCGGCCGCUGGCAGCGCCUGCGCACCGAAACGCUGAACGCGGUGGCACACGCAACCGUCCUCGCGCUGAUCGCGGCCGUUGCCGCCUGCCUGUGGGCGGUGCUGGACCGGUUCGGCCCGGCCGACCACUUUGCCGCCUGGUCCGCGCUGUACGUGUCGCUCGCGUCCAACGGCACGAUGGCAGCGCUCGGGUACGUCUGCCAGCUGCUCGGCCGGCUGGAGCGGUACCGGCACGGCGCGACCCAGCUCAACAUCAACCUGCUGCGCCACUUCCUGCUGCAGCUCACGAUCGUGGCGGUGCUGUUCGCGCACUGGCUGACCACCCGCCCGCCGACCGGCUGCUGGGAGACGGCCAUCGGCCAGGAGCUGUACCGCCUGCUGGUGGUGGACUUCUUCAUCUCGACCGUGCUGCUGAGCGCGGUACGGGGCGUCCGCUACCUGCUGCACGCCCGGUACGGCCCGGCGCGGGGUCGAGCGGGCCCCCUUGCCCCCUACCUGACGCCGCCCCCGUUCUGCAUCGAGACGCACAGCCUCGGCCUGGUGUACAACCAGACGCUGCUGUGGUUCGGCGUGCUGUUCGCCCCGCCGCUCGUCCUGCUGGUCGCGCUCAAGCUGCUGCUCGUGUUCUACGUCAACAAGUGCGAGCUGAUGUACCUGUGCCAGCCGCCCGCCCGCCUCUGGCGCUCGAGCCAAACGCAGACGCUCUUCCUGGUGCUGGUGUUCGUGUCGCUGUUCGGCGUGCUGCUCACGCACGGCUACCUCAUCAUGCAGGUGCCGGUGAGCGAGGGCUGCGGUCCGUUCCGCGGUACCCAGUACAUGUACCAGCUGUUCAUGCAGGGCAUCCUGAAGUUGCGCGAGGAGCACCUGUUCUGGCGCGCGUUCGUCUACAUCACCAAGCCGGCCAUCAUCGGCGGCGUUCUGCUGACGAUGGGCGUCGCCACCUACUAUCUGCGGGCCAAGUCGCGCGCCCAGAUUGCGAAGGUGAAGCUGCUCAAGGAGCUGCUCUGUCUGGAGGCGAAGGAUAAGGAGUUUCUGCUGGCGAACCUGAGCAAGGUGGCGCGCGGCAAGGACUGUACCGGCGAGCAGCUCGACCGGAUCGAGCUGGUCGGGGGCGGCCGGCUGAACGGGCCGGCCGACCGGUACUACACCGAUCCGUGCGCCACCUGGCGGUACGAGGAGUCGCCCCGCAAGCCGGACGUCGGCGCUGGGACGGCCAGCGCCGGGACGACCAACUCUACCAGCAGCUCCUCGGGCUAUCAGCGAUUCGAAGAUGAAGAGCAGCUGCGCAUGAGAAGAACCUGAAACACUCCCGGGGGGCAUCUGCUGCUGCGGGAAUCAAACAAACACAGCAAACGGUCGUUCCGAAAAUGAUGCGUGACGUUUCACUGCAGCCCACACUUUAUUUAUUCAAAUUGCCUUUCGCAACAUCCGCGACCAAAUCGAUCAAAACUAUUUAUUGAGCUUUAAUGUGCAAUCAGCCGUCGCUGACACGGUGAGAGAUGGAAAUUGUGACGCUACUUUUAUCCCGAUCCCGAUAAAAUACUUUUAAUCUCGUUAGACGAAUGUAAUGUAGUUUAGGGUUUGGUGUUGUUACACUACCACAAUCCGGACGACAAGAAUAGCAAUGAUAAUAUAAACACCCUUAUAUUGGCACAGUA